GUUUCCACACUGCCAUCUAGUGUGUAGGAGAAGGGUUGAUGACAGUAGGGAAGAAAUGGUUGGGUAAAGAAAUCGCUUGAGGACUCGGAGCAGCUAGCUGGAUCCGUUAGUCAUUCGUCGAGUCAAGUUCGAAGACAAACUCGUUAGCUAGCUAAGUAUUAGCAGGCUAGUAGUAGUAGUAGUAGCUCUGUUAAUGUCAUGGAAUUGCUGUGAAUCUCUGGAUAUGGCAGAGUUGAGAUGCCGGAAAACAGUGGUAAAGGAGGGAGAAGAGGAGGAACACCAGCAAUGUGAAUCUGAACCUUGCUCAGAGAAUUUUACAAUGGACAAGGUUAGUCUGAAGGAGAAGUGUUCAGAGGACACAGAUGGAGCUACCUGUGGGGUUCAGGAGAAAGAGAAGGAAGAUGAAGAGGAGAAGGAUGAAGAUAAAAAGGAGGAGGCAGACAGUCAGAAGCCCUCUCCUGUCAAAAGAAACCGGAGCGCCUGCAGAUCGGUUAUGCUUCAGAGUCUAGUGAAGCUGUUCUUCGGAUGCCUGGCAGCAGUUACAUGUGGCAUGAUGUAUGCAGUGUAUCUCUACACCUACCACGAGAGGAAGUUCUGGUUUUCUAGCAGACAGGAGCUGGAACGGGAAAUCACCUUCCAGGGUGGCAGUGGACUCUACUAUUACUACUACAAACACAUGUUGACAGCACCCUCCUUUGAAAGAGGGAUAUACGAGCUGAUGAGAGACAACAGGACUGUGUCUGGUCAGACCAUCAAUGCAGUGGAACGCCUGUCUCUGUACCCAGAGCUUAUUACUAGCCUGCUCUAUAGAAUCACAGGAAGCCAGGAUGUAAUAGAGCCAGUAUACUUCUACAUCGGGGUGGUGUUUGGCCUCCAGGCUGUCUACGUCACUGCCCUCUUCGUGUCCAGCUGGGUGAUGAGUGGCACGUGCGUGGCUGGCAUACUGGCUGUGGCCUGGUAUGUUAUCAACCGACCAGACACAACCAAAGUGGAUUAUGCCAUUCCACUGCGGGACAACUGGGCCUUGCCUUACUUCUCUUGCCAAGUUGCAGCCUUAACAGGAUUCCUGAGUAAUAACAUUAACUCAGCCUCAGAGAUGUUCUGUUACCUCCUGAUGAGUGCCACCACCUUCACCUUCAUCCUGGUGUGGGAGCACAGCCACUACGUGCUCUUCAUCCAGGGCCUGGCCCUGUUCCUGCUCGACUCCUUUGACCUGGUGCCGUCCCGCAAGAUGGCUGACAUUCACAAGGUGUACCUGAGCUCUCUCUUCCUGGCCUACGUCCUCCAAUUCCAGAACCCAGCCCUGCUCAGCUCUCCUUUGCUCAGCCUCCUCAUCAGCUCAGUGCUAGCGAGGUACUUCCAGCAAAACAUGAAGAUGGGCCCCCUAGUGGCCAGACUGAUGAAGCUCUUUCUGCAUUUCUACCUUUGCUUCACCACCGGGAUCACCUUCAGCUAUGUGGCCAAGCGACUAAUGCCAGUCAGAGAGAGUGAUUUCAUUUUGAAAUUUCUUGAAGUGAAAUUCGGACUCAACACAACAACAGACUUUGUGACUAACCGGCUCCUGUGUCAAGAAUGCUUCCAGACCCCCAGUCAGGACUUUUUCCUGCGGCUGACCCAAGCAUCAGUCCUGCCUUUUUACCUACUGGUCCUCCUUAUCUGUCUCAUAUCAACACUGCAGACCAUCUACAGGAGGCUCAGUGGUGAGCCAAUGAAAAUGAACCUCAGACUCGAAGAUGGACGAAUAGGAGAGCAACCCGAGGUCAUCUACCAUGUUUUCCACACAAUGCUGUUCGGGGCUCUGGCUAUGGUCUUUGAGGGGUAUGUUCCUAAAUGUUUCAGGUUUACUUGCUAUAACCUUUCAGACAUGAAAACAAAUGGCUGUCAUUGUUCACAUGUGGUGUUCUCCCACAGGAUGAAGUAUUUGUGGACCCCAUACGUCUGCAUGUUCACAGCGUUUGGCGUGUGUUCUCCAGAGCUCUGGGUGACUUUGUUCAGGUGGCUGAGGCUGAAGUCCAUCCACCCUGUGGUACUGGCCUUGAUAUUGAGCACAGCAGUUCCAACCAUCAUUGGAUUCAGUUUAUGGAGAGAGUACUUUCCCCGUGUCAUAGCAGAACUAUCAGAGCUGCAGGAAUUCUAUGACCCAGACACAGUCGAGCUGAUGAACUGGAUAAAGACCCAUGCCCCGAUGGCAGCAGUGUUUGCGGGCAGCCCACAGCUGUUGGGUUCGGUGAAGCUGUGCUCAGGUUGGACUGUGACCAGUCUGCCUCUCUACUCAGACAUUGACCUGCUGAGGAGGAGUGAGGAUACAUACCAGGUGUAUGCAAUGAGGUCUGCGGAAGAUGUCUACAAGAUUCUGUCUUUGCACAAGACGAGCUACGUGAUUAUCGAAGAGUCGCUGUGCAACGAGUUGAGUCAUACCAAGGGCUGCAGGAUCAAAGACCUGCUGGAUAUCGCCAACAGCCAUGUGGUGUAUGACAAAGGCGAGAUGUACUCUUUCUCCAAACACGGGCGAUUCUGUCAUGAGAUAAAGAUGAACUACUCGCCCUACACAAACUACUUCUCAAGGGUUUUCUGGAACAGGUCCUAUCACGUCUACAAAGUCAACUCUGUCAUCUCCUUCCAGUAUUGAAGACAGCUCAGCUUCAGCCUAACUACUGAGACAAGACUUUCUUCUGUCUCUGCAGUGUCUGUUACCAUAGUUGGAUGCAAUACAACCCCUUCGCAGUUGGUACCCGUAAAAUCCGUGGAAGCGUGUUGAUUGAAUAUUCAGUCCCCUUGACAUUCUACUGGGAGUGUAAAUUGUCUUGAUAUUCUGCACAGUAACAAAUCACACGUGUAACAGAGUGAGAUCCAUGAUGAGAACAUUUCAGUUGGUCCCCCAAUUAUUGCAUGUCAGAUAAGUGGUCAAACUCUUAAUGAAUAGUUAGGGGCGAAGUUCACAAAUGCCAUGUGAGUCAUAGUACUGUAUUUUGUUUUCCAAAACACUAAUUACUGUGAUGUCUUGAGUGAAAGUAAAGCACACGUGCAUGUAAGGGAGACAGGUC